CUUUCACCGGAUCCUGGCUGCCGUGGGUCUGCUGACAAGCAGAUACCGCGAUCGAUGCUGUACAACACCAUGCUUAAGGCCAUGGCCAACGCUGGUGACGUCUUCGGCGCCGAGAAGAUGUACAGCCGCAUGCGCGCCGAAGGGGUGCGGUUGAACAGCAAGUUCUACGGGAAGUUGCUGGAGACCGCAGCCAAAGCUGGUGACGAUGCCAUGGCGCGGCAAUGGUUCGCGGACGCCCAGGCAAAUGGCGUCGCAGAGGACCAGGUGCACUUUGCCUGCAUGCUGGAUGCGCAUGCAAAGGCUGGUGACUUGGACGAGGCUAGACGAUGGCUGGAGAGGACGCGGGAUGCCGGCCUCGGCUGCACCGAUGGCAUGCUGGGAUCUCAAGAUGGCUCCAUGGAUUG